AUGUCUGAUACUAGAUUUAUGGAUGUUAUACGACAAUUCGUCGCCGGCGGCGAGGGAGGCGGGGGACUCGACGCCUCCCGCGCCGUCAGCGUCUCGUGGCGCCCCAGGGUGUUCCUGUACGAGGGGUUCCUGUCGGAGGCGGAGUGCGAUCACCUCGUCGCGCUGGCCAAGCAGGGCACGAUGGAGAAGUCGACGGUGGUGGACGGCAAGUCGGGGAAGAACGUGAUGAGCGAGGAGAGGACCAGCUCCGGCAUGUUCCUCGCCAAGAAGCAGGAUGACAUUGUUGCAAGAAUCGAGGAGAGGAUUGCUGUUUGGACCAUGCUUCCAGAAGAAAACGGUGAAUCCAUGCAAAUACUACGUUAUGAGCAAGGUGAGAAAUACGAGCCACACUUUGAUUACAUUCGUGGACAGCCACGUUCAGCCCGUGAAGGUCAUCGGGUUGCCACCGUGCUCAUGUACCUAUCAAGUGUCAAGAUGGGUGGAGAGACCGUCUUCCCCGAUUCAGAGGCUAGAUUGUCACAGCCUAAAGACGAGACAUGGUCGGACUGCGCAGAACAGGGCUUCGCAGUGAAACCAGUGAAAGGCAGUGCGGUGCUGUUCUUCAGCCUCCACCCCAACGUGACAUUGGACGCAGACAGCCUGCACGGAAGCUGCCCUGUCAUAGAAUGCGAGAAGUGGUCGGCGACGAAAUGGAUCCAUGUGAGAUCGUACGACAAUCGCCGGGCGUCCGCUGACAAGUGCGACGAUGAACAUGCUCUCUGCCCCAGCUGGGCUGCCGCGGGAGAGUGUGCCAAGAACCCCGGCUAUAUGGUCGGCACCAGCGACUCCCCGGGAUUCUGCCGGAAGAGUUGCGAUGCAUGUACAUCGUAGUUCCAGACAACUGAUCGACUAAUCGUAAUAAAUACAUAAAAUUUUAUAA